GUGUCUUAGCAGAUCCCUUUUCUUGCAGGCACCUCUCUGGCCUCUCCUCGGCCAUGGCCAAAGGAUUCUUUAUCAGCAAGACAUUGGGUAUUGUAGGCGUUGUUCUUGGCCUGGGGGCUGUGGCCACCAUCAUUGCCCUCUCAGUCCUCUACUCCCAGGAGAAGCAACGGGCAGAUGAUGCUUUGUCCAACCUGACCCCAAACAGCACUAUCACGGCUGUCACCGCCAGCGCUACCACAGCCGGCACCACCAGUGGCACUGCCAGCGCUACUGCAGCCGGCACCGCCAGUGGCACCGCCAGCGCUACCGCACCCAGCACCGCCAGUGGCACCGCCAGCGCUACCGCACCCAGCACCGCCAGCACUAACAACCCUUGGGACCACAUGCGGUUGCCCAAAACCUUGAAGCCCACAUUUUACACCGUCAGUCUGCAGCCGUUCCUGACGCCAGACCGCCGGGGCCUCUACGUUUUCGAAGGCAACAGCACGGUACAGUUCCAGUGCGUGGAGCCCACCGACCUCAUAAUCAUCCACAGCAAAAAGCUGAAUUACACUCGGCAUGGGGAGUUCCUUGUGUCCGUGACAGGAACUGAGGGUGCCGCCCCACCCAUCAUCCUUCGUACUUGGCUAGUGGAGAAGACGGAGUACUUGGUGGUGAAACUCAAAGAAAAUCUCCAGCAGAAUAAGUUGUACGAACUGCACAGCACCUUCGCUGGGGAGCUGGCAGAUGAUCUGGCUGGCUUCUACCGCAGUGAAUAUAAGGAAAAUGGGACAAACAAGGUGCUGGCUACGACACAGAUGCAGGCUGCUGAUGCCCGCAAAGCUUUUCCUUGCUUUGAUGAGCCUGCCAUGAAGGCCAUUUUCUCCAUCACUCUGAUUCACUUGCCUACAUACAGGGCGCUCUCCAAUAUGCACGUGAACAAUUCUGUGGAAGUAAUACAGAACCAGACAACCUGGAUCCGGACUGAAUUUAACCCCACCCUCAAGAUGUCUACCUACUUGCUUGCUUUUAUUGUCAGCCAGUUUGAGCAUGUGAAUGCUACCCAGAAUAGCACUGAGAUCCGGAUCUGGGGCCGUCCCACGGCCAUCAAGGAGGGCCAGGGUGACUACGCUCUCAAAGUCACUGGACCCAUUCUCAGCUUCUUUGAGCAGCACUACAACAUAUCUUAUCCUCUGAGCCAUUUAGACCAGGUUGCCCUUCCAGAUUUCAAUGCUGGAGCAAUGGAGAAUUGGGGGCUGCUCACAUACCGUGAGAGCGCGCUACUCUUUGACCCUGGUUUCUCUUCCAUUGGCAACAAGGAGCGGAUUGUGACGGUGAUUGCUCAUGAAGUUGCCCACCAGUGGUUCGGAAACCUGGUGACCCUGGAGUGGUGGAACGAUCUGUGGCUAAAUGAGGGGUUCGCAUCAUACGUGGAAUAUCUCGGUGCGCACGCAGCUGAGCCCAGCUGGAAUAUUAAAGACCUGAUUGUAUCGAACGACAUGUACCGCGUGAUGGCCAUCGAUGCCCUGGCUUCCUCACAUCCACUCUCCACCCCUGCAGAUGAAAUCAACACCCCAGCUCAGAUCAGUGAAGUGUUUGAUUCCAUUUCCUACAGUAAGGGGGCGUCUGUGCUCCGGAUGCUCUCGGAAUUCCUGACCGAGGACGUGUUCAAGGAGGGCCUGCACUUAUACUUCCAGUCCUACGCAUAUUCAAAUACUAUUUGUGAUAACCUCUGGGAAAAACUGCAGAUGGCGGUGGAUGAGAAAAACAAUCUCCCGGCUACCAUCAAGACCAUCAUGGACCGUUGGACCUUGCAGAUGGGCUUCCCAGUUCUCACCGUUAAUACCUUCACAGGCAUCGUAACCCAAAAACAUUUUCUGCUGGACCCAGGAACUCCUGUUGAGCGACCCUCGGUGUUCAAUUACACCUGGAUUGUUCCUGUCUCCUGGAUCAGUGGUGGAAAGAAGGGAGACCUCUACUGGCUCACGAACACAUCAGCUGUGUAUGACAACUUCAAGACUUCUGCUGACCCUGCCAAGUGGCUGCUACUCAAUGUUAAUGUCACGGGCUAUUUCCGGGUAAACUAUGACUUGGAAAACUGGGAGAGGCUCAUGAAGCAGCUGAAUCAGAAUCCCCAGGAGAUCCCGGUUCUAAACCGUGCCCAGAUCAUUGAUGAUGCCUUCAACCUGGCCAGAGCCAAGCACGUCGGCACAGACCUGGCCCUGAACACCACCCGCUACCUGGCCAAUGAGAUGGAGUAUCUUCCUUGGGACGCGGCCCUGGACAACCUGGACUACUUCCGACUCAUGUUUGAUCGCAGUGAAGUCUAUAGGCCUAUGCAGAGAUACAUCCAGAAGCAGGUCACCCCCUUGUUCAACUACUUUCAGAACCUCACUGCCAACUGGACCCAAAUCCCAGCUGGCUUGAUGGAUCAGUACAAUGAGAUCCUAGCCAUCAACACAGCCUGCUCCUACGGCGUCUCUGAGUGCCAGCACCUAGCCUCCUCCUGGUUUGAGUCCUGGAGAAAAAACCCCAGCAAUAACACGAUCCCGCCCAACCUGCGCUCCGCCAUCUACUGCAGCGCCAUCAGCACAGGCGAUGUGGCGGUCUGGGACUUUGGCUGGCAGAUGUUUCAGAAGGCCACGGUGAUCUCAGAGGCUGACAAGCUUCGACGGGCCCUGACCUGCAGCCAGAUCCCAUGGGUCCUUCAGAGAUACCUUCAGUUCACCCUGGACCCCACCAAGAUCCGCCGCCAGGAUGCCACGUCCACCAUCAACAGCAUUGCCCAGAACCUGGCCGGGCAGGACCUUGCCUGGAAUUUUGUACGCAUCAACUGGAGGACCCUCUUCAACCAGUUUGGGACAGGCUCCUUCUCUUUCUCGAGCCUCAUUCAGACGGUGACACAGAGGUUUGCGUCCACUUCUGAACUUAAACAGCUGGAGCAGUUCAAGGCAGACAACGCUGAUGUGGGGUUCGGCUCAGCCACCCGGGCGCUCGAGCAGGCCCUGGAGAGAACGAAGGCCAACAUCAAGUGGGUGGAAGAGAACAAGGCGCUUGUCCUGAAGUGGUUUGAGGAGAACUCGUAGGGAAUCCUUCUGGUGGCUGAGCCCCGAUGGAGCUGCCUCCCCGGCUCCCUGAAGUGUCUCCCUGGCCUGGCGGCUUCCUCAGUCCCGGCACUCUUGCUGUGGCCUCCGCGAUGCUUUGCCUUCGAGACCACUUGGCUUCCCAGGCCCCUGAGGGCAGAGCAGGGGGCUGCGACUCUCUUGGAAAGGCCCCUCUGUAAUUCUGUAACCCCAACUUGGUAAAUUAAAGAGUCUCUCGAACUGUA